AUGGAAAAUGGAAUUGUGAAGAACUGGGAAGAUAUGCAGCAUCUAUGGAACUACACGUUUUAUGAAAAGAUGAAAAUUGAUCCCACUGGCCGAAAGAUUCUCCUGACCGAACCUCCGAUGAACCCUCUCCGAAACCGCGAGAAGAUGUGCGAGACCAUGUUUGAAGGAUACAAUUUUGGCGGUGUAUAUGUUGCUAUCCAGGCUGUUCUAGCACUUUAUGCUCAAGGGCUGAGCAGCGGUGUUGUGGUAGACUCUGGCGAUGGCGUAACUCACGUCAUUCCUGUGUACGAGUCUACGGUCCUGAACCACCUCACCCGUCGUCUUGAUGUUGCUGGCAGAGAUGUGACCCGUAACCUUAUCGCCCUGCUCCUCCGCAGAGGUUACGCCCUCAACCGUACCGCAGACUUUGAAACGGUGCGCCAAAUUAAAGAAAAGCUUUGCUAUGUCUCGUAUGACUUGGAGCUUGACAAACGCCUCUCCGAAGAUACCACCGUGUUGGUAGAAUCAUACACUCUCCCAGACGGCCGAGUGAUAAGGGUCGGAAGCGAGCGCUUCGAGGCUCCCGAAUGUCUUUUCCAGCCGCACCUGGUCGAUGUUGAUCAGCCGGGUAUCGCUGAAUUAUUAUUCAACACCAUACAGGCUGCCGAUGUAGAUGUCAGAAGUAGCCUGUACAAAGCUAUUGUCCUCAGUGGCGGAAGCAGCAUGUACCCCGGUCUACCAUCGCGAUUAGAAAAGGAGUUGAAGCAGCUAUGGUUGACCAGAAAUCUACACGGUGACCCAGAGCGACUAGACAAAUUCAAACCCCGAAUCGAAGAUCCUCCACGAAGGCGACAUAUGGUCUUCCUGGGAGGCGCUGUCCUUGCAAACUUGAAUGGGAGGAACAGGGCACCAGAGCUCUGGAAAAGCUGGGCCCUAGAUAAAUCACUUUCUGCCCAGCUGGUGAAAGGAAGACAUGUUAGCCGUUGCGGGCCCGGUCCGUAUGAGCAUGUUCCAAAGUUAUACAAGGAUGAAGGAUAUAAAACAAAAACCCAGGACCACAAAGAGAUCUAUGAAGAUAGAAAGAAAAAGGGAGCCCUCUCGGAAGGCGAGAGUAAUCAGAAUUCCACCGAUGAUAGAACUGAAGCCAAGGGCCUUGUGGUUGAACUUCCAGUCGACAAGAGCCACCAGGAAUAUGGUAAGAAGUGCCGCGACGGAUGA